CUGAAAUGAAAUCCUUUAACUAAAUAUUUCACUUUGAGAAUUGUUUUCGUUUCGAAUCAAAUGUGAACACGAAGACAAACAUUCUUAACAUUAACAUUUUUGUUGAAAUGAUGUCAUUUUAAUUUCAUUCAUGAUUUGAUUAGCUUAAGAUAGGUUGAUAUUGUAUCUUCCUUAAUUGGAUAUGAACAGCAAUGAAAAUUAUAUCGUAGAAGGUAUAGGAAAUGAAGUUUUAGUGUCGGUGACAGGUUUUGUGUGCAUUAUUGUAGGUUCGUAUUUUCUUUACCAAAGACUCAUGCACACAAGACUUUUUGAUGCUCGGCCGGAUCAGCCAUCUUCAAGCGCACAACAGCUGUCUCUAGUAAGUGAUAGAUUUAAUGGUAAUGCUGAUCCAAACAUGCAGAGGUCUACCCGUGCUCAUUAUGGUUCUGAUCAUCAGUGUCCUGUCUGUCUCAAUGAACCCCAUUACCCAGUUGAAACGAACUGUGGACAUUUGUUUUGUGCUCAGUGUGUGAUAACUUAUUGGAGACAUGGAAAUUGGAUGGGUGCCAUUCAUUGUCCUGUUUGUAGACAGUUAGUAACAGCUCUAUUGCAAUGUUUUACAAAUAGUUCAGACCUUUCAUCUACUGAAAGAGUGCGUUUAUUAGAAGAAAUUAACGACUAUAAUAGGCACUACUCUGGAGAACCAAGGCCUUGGCUGGAUUACCUGUGGGAUUUGCCAACUCUCUUACGCCAUGCUGGAUCUGAAUUUUUCUCAGUUGGAGGUAUAAUGUACAUGUUUCGGCUACGCAUAUUCUUGUGCUUUAUUGCCGCAGUUAUGUAUCUUAUCUCUCCACUUGAUAUGAUACCUGAAGCAGUAUUUGGAAUAUUGGGUCUCCUAGAUGACAUGUUUGUUGUAUUGUUACUAGCAAUAUAUGUUACAGUGAUCUACAGAAGAUUCCUGGCAGCCCGGUGGCAGAACCAGUGAUUAAUCAAAAAAUGAAUUAUAUAUGUGAUACUAUGAAACUAUAUAUUACAAUUAUGUUUGAAUUUCAGAAUUUAUUUUUUUAUUGUGUGUUUAAUUUGUUAACUUAUAAUUUGAAACAAUAUGUGGGAAAGUAUAUUUCUGGUAUUUUAGUGAAAUCAAAUAUGAUGGAUUUUUUUUUUUUUAUAGAACAAAUUGUAGAUUUUUAUCCCCCCCCCCCUUUUUUUAAAGCUAAAUAUAUUUUGAUGACAUAAAAAUGUAGAUACUAUUAUAAAAAAAAAAUAUUUUUAAAGCACAAUUGCUGAUAAUUUUAUUCUAGAACAAAAUAUUGAUAAAUUUGUAUUUAUCAGCUUAGAAUGAGCAAUAAUAUAUAUCUCUUAAUUCAAUUUUAUUAUUCCUUUUUGUUUAAUUUUAAAUUGUUUUAUUGUGUGUACUUUAUGUAUAGAUGACAACAUGACAUCUCAAUGGCAAAGAAACCUUAUUUUCCUAGAAGUAUAGUGUUAUGUUUUAUGUGUAUAAAUGUUUGUAAAAAAAUCAUUUGUAUAACAAUUUACAAUUGUACAUGUUACUUGCACAGAUUGUUAUACUUUAUCAUUAAAAGAGUUGUGAAGCUUUGA